UACUUGGCGAUCCGGAUGGCUUUUUAGGGACCGAAACCAAACAGAAAACCAACGGAUCUUUUGGAGGAGGCAGGAAAUAGUGGGAGAUGCACAGGUGGAGCACAGAUUGGAAAGAGGCAGUAGUUUCAGGAUAAACACCGGGGGGAAGUGUGGGGUUAGGUGGAGCUUUCCUGGCUGCACAGGCUAUUCAGGGACAGGUUGGACUGGUUUCUCCCUCCACAAUACCUGUGUCUCCCUCACGCUCAAUCAUUUAUACCAGCAGAGAGAGAAGAAGAAGUGAACCAGAUAUAGAGGCUGUGGAAAGAGUAGCGUUCUCCGUACAUUUCAGCGUUUGACCCAGAAAGGAAUUUCAACAUGCCCGAGGAUGGAGAGUUUUACGGAAAGAACGGCGAGCCAAGGAAGUAUGAUCCAACCUUCAAGGGUCCAAUCCAGAACAGGGGCUGCACAGACAUUGUAUGCUGCAUCCUCUUCAUUGUUGCAGUUCUGGGUUAUAUUGCAGUGGGAAUACUUGCCUGGUCCCAGGGCGACCCCAGGAAGGUGAUCUAUCCUACAGAUAGUCGGGGGCAGUUCUGUGGGCAGGCUGGCACGCCGCUAGAAAAGAAGCCAUUUUUGUUCUAUUUCAACAUCAUGAAGUGUGCCAGCCCCAUGGUGCUGCUGGAGUUCCAGUGUCCGACCACACAGAUGUGUGUGGACAAGUGCCCUGAAAAAUUCAUGACGUUACUCAAAGCCUACGCCAACCGAAAAGACUUUGACUACUACAAAAACUUCUGCAAAGAAGGCGUGACUAAUACGAUGGGUAUACCAGAAAUCCUCAAGUUGGGUCUUUGUCCUGCCAUGCUGACACCCAGCAAGCCCUUCACCCGUAGAUGCUUCCCAGCUUUGGGUCAAAAAGGAGGCGUGAUAACUGUUGGAAACAACUCUCACUUUGAUGAUGGAACCGGAAACAUGAGGGACGCCAAGGAUCUGGUGGAUGGAGUAAAGAAUGCCACUGUGGUUAUCGAGGCUCGUCAGGUGGUGAUGAAAAUCUUCGAGGAUUACACGCAGUCCUGGUACUGGAUCCUCCUGGGGUUGGUUAUUGCCAUGCUCACCAGCCUGCUCUUCAUUAUCCUCCUGCGCUUCCUGGCAGGGAUCAUGGUCUGGGUCAUGAUCGCCAUGGUGAUACUGGUGUUAGGAUAUGGUAUCUUCCACUGCUACAUGGAGUAUGCUGCUCUGAAGGGAGAGCCGGGCUCUAAUGUGACUCUCCAGGAACUGGGCUUCCAGACAGAUUUCACAGUGUACCUGCAGAUUAGACAGACCUGGCUGGCCUUCAUGAUCAUCUUGGCCAUUGUGGAAGUCAUCAUCAUCCUGCUGCUCAUCUUCCUCAGGAAGAGGAUCCUCAUCGCUGUUGCUCUCAUUAAAGAAGCGAGCAGAGCCAUAGGACAUGUCAUGUGUUCCCUCUUCUACCCGCUGUUCACCUUCCUCCUCCUGGCCAUGGUCAUCGCCUACUGGGCCGUUACUGCAGUUUUCUUGUCUACUUCCAAUGAGCCGAUCUACAAGGUUUUUAACGAGACGGAAUGCGAACACUCAAGAAAAACGUGCGACCCAGCCAACUACACAACGAGUUCCAUGAAAGCACAGUGUCCUGACUCGGAGUGCCUUUUUGCCUUCUACGGCGGAGAGACCGUUUACCACAAAUACCUGAUCGGCCUUCAGUUCUACAACGUCUUCCUCUUCUUCUGGUGCGCCAACUUCGUCACGGCUCUGGGACAGAUGACGUUAGCCGGGGCCUUCGCCUCUUACUACUGGGCCUUUGUCAAGCCAGACGACAUGCCAGCCUUCCCAGUGUUUUCCUCCCUGGGGAGAUCUCUCAGGUAUCACACAGGGACUCUGGCUUUCGGCUCCCUUAUCCUCUCCAUCAUUCAGAUCAUCAGGGUUUUGUUGGAGUAUCUGGAUCACAAACUGAAAGGAGCCCAAAAUAAGUUUGCAAAAUUCCUGUUGUGCUGUCUGAAGUGCUGCUUCUGGUGUCUGGAGAAAUUCAUCAAGUUCCUCAACAGAAACGCCUACAUUAUGGUGGCGAUUUAUGGCAAAAACUUUUGCACAUCAGCCAGAGAUGCCUUCUUACUUCUCAUGAGGAACAUGAUCAGAGUUGCUGUCUUGGAUAAAGUUACAGAUUUCCUGUUGUUCUUGGGCAAACUGCUCAUUGUGGGGCUUGUGGGUAUCUUUGCCUUCUUCUUCUUCUCUGGGAGAGUAAAGGCCUUUGAGGAUACAGCUCCCCACCUCCACUACUACUGGGUGCCCAUCCUGACUGUAGUUGUUGGCUCGUACCUCAUCGCUCAUGGAUUCUUCAGCGUGUACGCCAUGUGUGUGGACACUCUGUUCCUCUGUUUCUGUGAAGACUUGGAACGCAAUGACGGUUCAGCUGCACGGCCUUAUUACAUGUCGUCGACUCUCCAUGAGAUUCUGUGGAAGAACAAGGCCGAGGAUCCGUCUGCGUCAGAUGAAGAUGUCCAACUAAAACAGCAGCACACUCCGGAGGACGCUACUUAAAGAGGACGAGUUUUGUGGGCAAAGAUUUGUCCCUGAAUGACGGGCACAACAAAAUCCCAGAUCAUUUUUUAACCAUUUGAAAUCAUGACAGAAAGGAGCUUUGUUGUUGCCAAGUAGGAAACUGAUCAUUCACUGUGUCUCAGAGACAGAGUGCAGUAAAACUCCACGCCCUGAAGUGGCAGGGAUUCAUUGUUUUGCUUCUUAAGCAAGGAGAUGUGAUCCCAUGAGUGACAAACUGAAUGAAAGACUUUUUUUUUAGCAUUUUUGAGUAGUAAAUAGUGUUUUCUUUUAGCUUUUGUAUGUCCUACAACAAAAGGAAACAUGGGACAUAAGAUGUUGACCGUUCGCUAAACCCCUUCCCUUAGUGGUCUUUAGAUCUCUCUACAUGAAAGACUACACUGCAUCUGAAGAGUUUGGAAUUUGCUACAAUUUCAGCCUAUUUUAUCAAGCAAAUGGGCUGGAUUUAAGCCCAUGGCUGCGUCAGGGACUACAGCCCCUGUUUACGGGUCGCCAGCUGAGCUGUCUGGUUGACCAAGAUAAAGACUUCUUACCUGGAACAUGACGCUAUAAGGUGUUUCAUGUAUGUAGCCAACAAGAAGAAGCCUUUAUUUGUCACAAAUGCAUUUUUACAGCACUGUGAAAUGUUGUUUUCUUAUUUCCCAAUUGGGGUCAGAGCGCAGGGUCAGCCAUGGUACAGGAAAGAGGUAAAGGCCUUGCUCAAGGGCCCGGCAGUGGACUCAUCGGGCCACCACCGCCCCAAAGUGAAAGUAGUUACAUUUUUUUAAGGAACGGUCUCUUUCAGGCAUCUCACAAGGCUAACGUUAGCUGAAUUAGCUAGCAAGUUACAGCUAAUAAUAUCUAAACAACAGUUGUAAUUUCAGAUGGAAAACCAAUGGUAGCCAGCUAAUAAUGUUUAGCCUGCUUUAUAUCGUCUUCAGUCUACAAACAAUGACCCAGUGUUUCUGAAUUUAUAUUAGUUAAACAAAAAAGGGGCGGGGCUUAGCGAAGGUCAACAGAAGCAUGUGUCUUGGAAUGAGUGCUUUAAAAUGUACACAGGAGAAUGGUACAAUGUGUUGCAUGAUUAAUGUGAUGAAAUCUCUACUUGGAGGUGACAAGUUUAGUUUCUCAGUCAGGUCUGCCUUCACCUUCCAGUGACUCAGUGUUGGGAGCGAAUUCUCUGAAAUGUGAUCUGAAAUGUGUUGGCGUUGGAUGAAUGCUUUACUCUGAGCUGAACUGACGUUUCUAAUCUCGUUUGUUACCUUUUUUUAAUACUUCCUCCCACUGCCACAAGCCAAUAGAAACUUGAAGCCGAUCAUGUGCCUGAUUUACAGUGUUAACAUCUUUUUGCACCUUAAAGUUUUAAACCAGGAGUGUCAAACUCAUUUUAGUUCAGGGGUCACAUUCAGCCCAAUUUGAUCUCAAGUGACCAGUAAAAUCCCAGAAUAAUAACCCAUAAAUAGCCACAACUGCAAAUGUUUCCUUUGUUUUAGUGCAAAAAAGUACAUUCUGUAAAUGUUCACAUUUAAGGAAUUAUCUUUUUACAAAACAUCGUGAACAACCUGAAAUUUCUGAAGAAAAAUAAGUUAAAUUUCAACAGCAUUUUGACUCAGUUUAUUAUUUACACAUUACAACUUAUAGAGCACAGAGUAUCUAUAAAGACACACAACAUUUAGUCAUAGGACUCUGGAACUGAACCAUAUAACAAAACGACAAAAAAUGAGACAAACAACACAAAACAAAACAAAAAAUUAGACAAAAAAUGGACAAAAGGCAAAAACGAGACAAAAACAAUUACACAAAUGACAAGACCAAAAAUGACAAAAGCGAGAAACAAAACGGCAAACAACAAAAAACAACAAAUAAGUAGACUAACAACACAAGUGAGACAAUGAAACACAAAAUGACAAAAACAAUACAAAACAUCAAAUAGAGCAAAACACAAAAUGACAAAAAUGAGAAUAAAAGUCAGACAAAAAACAAGACAAAAUAUUACAAAAAUGAGAUACAAAAGAACAAUGAUCAAUCUAGUAUUUUGCUUUAUGAUCAAAACAGCUUGUCAUGGUCUAGAAAUUAUUUUAAAUUUAUAGUUUUACAAAUUUGCGAUUUGCAGUUAAUGUCUUCUCUGUAAUUUUUACACUUUGAGGGCUAGAUUGGACCCUCUAGAGGACCAGUUUUGGCCCGCGGGCCCCAUGUUUGCCAUCCCUGUUUUAAGGAAACCUAAACCGUUUACAGUCGUACGCUCAAUAAAGCACUUUAAUUUGUCUUCACACUAAGCCAGAACAGAUUCUUAUCUGUAUGAUUGACUGCUGUUUUUGGCUCAUUGCUUUGUUGUAUUUUCUGUUGAAGUUUUGCCUGUAAAUCGAUGUAGAUUUUGCAUUUAGUUGAUUUUUAAAGGACAGUGCACUUGGAUUAAAAAACUGUAUUUGAGGCAACUGAGAAAAUGAAAGAAAUGAGACUCUUUAUCUGGAUAAAUGUUAUUCAUAACUGUCUGAAAUACUGAUUAAAGCUGCUGCCUUUUUCUACUCAG